GAUGGAAGCAAAGCUCCCCAAUGCACGACCACUUAUAAGCGAUCGUUUUGGGUAUGUUUCAGAUCUGACCCACUACCUUUAUUGGAACAACAUGCUUCGCUACAUAGAAGGUUACAUUCAGAAGGGUAACCCAGGAAAUGCUCCGUUAGUGGUAGGGCAACUGCUAGAUGAUGAGUGCCCUGAAGAUUUUAUCGAAGGCCUUAUUCUCUCUGUCCAUUCUUUAUUCCAGUUGAACCACUGGAGUGUAAGAUGAUGGCACUACUCUUCCCCAUCAUCUUCUCUGACACUAUCCACCCAAACAACACAACGCUUUCUGCCCCAUGGUCCAGAUCUAGAAAUCACCUUCCACUGUCCAGCUCCUCCUCAUCUGCCCACCGUCACAACCCGGCUUUUCCGGUAGCCUUAACACUCUCCACUGUCACAUCCUCAUCCGUCCACCGUCACAACUCGUUUCCUCCUCGUCCAAAAAAGAACAAAAGGAAGGCUAAAUAAAGGAAGUCAAUUGAGCUUUAAAGCCUUAAAUGAUCUGGUUUGCGGCCUUCAUAUUGGCCAAUAUGGAGGUGAUUAGGUGUCUAGAAAACUAAAUAUAAAGUCCCCACUUGGGU